UUCUCUCUCUGUUUGAUGGUAUUGGACUUGGAGGAGCAAAGAUGCUGGGAAGAGUCCUUUGGAUGUUGAUCACUGUAACUGGACUUCUGCUAAAUCCUGUGGAAGCUCAACCUCACAGAAUUCUUGUAGACACUGAUGUGAAUAUAGAUGAUGUUCUUGCUCUAUUUUAUCUCUUGAAGCAAAAUAACACAGAGUUCGAUUUGAAGGCAAUUACUAUUAAUGCAAAUGGGUGGAAUGAUGCUGGGCACGCUGUUAAUUAUUUGUAUGACAUUCUUUUUAUGAUGGAUCGCGACGAUGUUCCUGUUGGUGUUGGAGGUGAAGGUGGCAUUUUGCCUAAUGGUACCAUCCUUCCAAAUGUUGGGGGUUAUCUUCCCAUUAUUGACCAGGGCGCGUCCACGGCCGGUGGUUGCAGAUACAGACAAGAAGUACCACCGGGCCAAGAUGGACGUCUAGAUGUGAAUACAAACUAUGGCAUACGCAAGGCUUUACUUCCUCAGGGCGAGAGAAAAUAUGCGCCUCUUCAACAACCUACAGCUCAGCAAGUGAUGAAAGAUGCAAUAUCUGCAGGUCCCAUCACUGUGUUUCUUAUGGGCGCUCACACAAAUUUAGCCAUUUUUCUUAUGUCCAAUCCUCAUCUGAAGAACAAUAUUAAGCAUAUAUAUGCAAUGGGAGGUGCUAUUAGAUCAACCUGCUCUGAAAAUGCCACCUCCUCCGAGGCAGGGCUGUGUGGUGACAUCGGUAAUUUGUAUUCACAAGACAGCAAUCCAUACGCUGAGUACAAUAUCUUUGUAGAUCCUUUUGCUGCAUACACGGUCUUACAUUCUGGCAUUCCAAUCACACUCAUUCCUCUGGAUGCAACAAGAACGAUUCCUGUAGAUGAGAAAUUUUUCUCAGCAUUUGAACUGAAACAAGAGACAUAUGAGGCACAUUACAGCUUCCAGUCCUUAAAAAUGAUUCGUGAUACAUGGCCUAACAAAGAAUUUCAUAAGGAAUUUUGCAUGUGGGAUUUUUUCAUGGUUGGAGUAGCGUUAUCUCAAAUGCAAAGUUUAGAGAGAGAUGAGGGAGAAAAUGAAUUUGCCAAAAUGGAAUGGAGGAACAUCUCAGUGAUUACUUCAAAUCGACCUUAUGGAAUUUCAGAUGGCUCAAAUCCUCUCAUUGAUGGGCGUUCAAUCCCAAAGUUCAAUGUACAGAAGAAUGGGGUGCAUAGUGGUCAUGUUCAGCUGGGAAUGCAAGACCCGUUUUGCCUUGUCAAAGGGAGAAAAGGAAAAUGUCAGGAUGGUUACACAAAGGAGGUAAAUGGUCCUGAAGCAGUUAGUGUUCUUGUUGCAAUAGAAGCUAAGGCAAAUCGUGACGUUGACAGCAUUCUUGCCAAAGAAUUCUAUAAAAGUUUCUUGGAUGUUAUAAAUCGACCUAAGCAAAUUGGACAGCUUAAUACUCGAGCAGGGUUUCCACUCUAUCAGAGUGUACUUCAAAAACCAGAUUUUGGACAGGAAUUGAUGGGUAAACCCGUAGUUUUUGAUAUGGAUAUGAGUGCUGGGGACUUUCUAGCUCUUCUAUAUCUCCUAAAAUUACCUGUAGAACUGAUCAACCUCAAGGGAAUACUGGUUAGUGCUAAUGGCUGGGCAACUGCUGCAACCAUAGAAGUUGUAUAUGACAUACUGCAUAUGAUGGGCCGUGAUGAUAUUCCAGUUGGUCUUGGAAAUGUAUUUGCAGUUGGUCAAUCUCAUUCAGAGUUCCCUUCUCUUGGAGACUGCAGGUACAGCAGCUCCAUUCCUCAGGGUAGUGGUGGCUCCUUGGACUCGGAUACACUCUAUGGAUUUGCUCGUGACUUACCUCGCAGUCCUAGAAGAUACAGACCAGAAACCACUGAUUACCCUGGACUUGGACAACCGACUGCACUAGAUGUUUGGAAGUCCAUUGUAAAAUCACUGCAUCCAGGAUCCAAGAUUACUUUGUUGACCAACGGACCUUUGACAAAUUUAGCCCAAAUCAUUCUUUCUGAGAACACAGACUCAGUGGUCCAGGAUGUAUAUAUUGUUGGGGGACACAUUCCCCACGAAAAUGAAAAAGGAAAUCUGUUCACUGUCCCUUCAAAUGAAUAUGCAGAGUUUAACAUGUUUCUUGACCCUUUGGCUUCAAAGGCAGUUUUAGAUUCAAAACUGAACAUAACACUGAUUCCAUUGCGGAUCCAGAAGCAAGUCAGUUCCUUCCAGAAUAUUCUUGUUGAAUUGCAGCUAACAGAUAAAACUCCUGAAGCUGCAUUUGCCCAGCAUCUACUUUCAAGGCUUUGGGAACUAAAACAGAAUCAUCAUAGAUACCUUCACAUGGAUACAUUUUUGGGGGAAAUCCUUGGUGCUGUAAUCUUGGCUGGUGGUCAUCCUCUAUUAAACCAAACCUUUGAGUUUAUGCCUCUCAAGGUGGUGGCUGAGGGAGAUGUAUCAAUAAUUGGGCAGCUGCUUGUUGAUGAAAAUCAAACAAAGAUGGUGAAGAUCUUGUGCAGUAUAAAUCCAGAGGCAUAUUAUGAACAAUUUGCUAAUAUAUUAGGAGCCAAACAGCUUUCUGCUGUUAUAGCAAGCUUUGUUGAGGAAAAAGGAACAUGGGCUACCCAACCAAAUAGAACUUGUACAAUUGAUCACCUGGCCAACUGAUGAUGUUUUCCCUUGAAAAUUAGGAUCUGUUUAGUUAUAUUGUUAAUUAAUCUGUAAAAUCCAUCUUCAGAGUAAUAUGUUUGUGUUUAACAAUGAAUAAAACAAAGGAAAGUUAGAAAUUUGAUAA